AAGACCCUUUAUUCAGUAUAAGAUUUUGGUAAUUGUCGUCCUCAUUUUCUUUCACCAUAUCCCCAUCUCCACCUCUUUUCCCUCUGCUCUACGAGACCCUUUUUCUUUAAAUUCCCUGUUUGGAUAAAAAAGAGGAGAGAAGAGAAAUCCAAAAUGGAUAAUGACUCCUUUUCUAGCCACCUUUCCCGAGAAAGUGAGACCCUUUUGGAGCAAAAGUUUGAAGAUGAUGAAGGCGUAUUUAUCAACUUCAGAAACAUGAGUCCUUCCGAAGAGGAAGAGCAUGUAAUAAAUUUACUGAUUGAAGAAACCGAGUUCGUGUUUAAGAAGGAUGAAUCUUUGGUGUUUGGAGACGAAGUUGAAUACGCUCGUUUAGAAGCUAUAAACUGGAUUGUCAAAACUGGAGCAGCUUUUGGAUUUCAGAAGAAAACAGCAUAUUUAUCCAUGAUAUACUUCGAUCGAUAUCUCUGGAUGAGGCCCAUAGAGACUAAUCGUCAAAUAUGGUUGAUCGGCUUACUAUCGGUUGCAGCUCUGAGAGUGGCUGCAAAAAUGGAAGAGCCAAAAAUUCCAUCUGUAUCAAAAUUUCGAUACGAAUAUAACAAUGUAGUUGAAAGUAAAGUUAUUGGCAGGAUGGAGCUUUUGCUGUUGAACACAUUCGAUUGGAAAUUGCCUUCAGUCACUCCUUUUGCUUUCCUCCAUUACUUUGUCACCAGACUUUGCCAAGAAUCUCCACCAAGAAAUUUGCUUUCUAGGAUUUCAGCUCUCAUUAUGGCUACACUGAAUGAGAUCAAUAUAGUAGAGUAUAGACCGUCAAUCAUAGCAGCGGGAGCAACAUUGGUUGCAUUGAACCACAAAAUGACCAAGUCAGAAGUGGAGUUGAAGAUGAAUUCCAUUCCUCAUCAUAAAUCUCUGAAUAUUGAAGACGUGUUUUCAUGCUACAAUCUAAUUCAGGAGUUAAAGAUUGAUGAAAAGACGUCCAUUUUGUCCUCGCCGAUUGCUUCAUCAUUUACAAAUGAAUUACACAAUGAAAGGGAAAGGCCUCGCAGUGACGAACACCAUGAUGAGAGAGUGAAUAUAACUAUGCCCUCUAAUUCUAAGGAGUAAGUUUGUUUCUUAAAAGAUCAAUGAAAGAAAGAAAGAAAGCAUUUGGGCUACUUAUAAAAGCUGAUGAUUUACAGAUAGCAAAAGAGGAGUGAUGGCGGAAAUGUGAUCGAAGAAGAGGAUUUUCUAUUUAUUUUUAUUUUAAGAACUUGCUAAAGUUUGUGUAACAGUCGUCUGCUACUUGAUACUUUUUAUCCUAUAUAAUUUGCUUUGGUU